CUUUCUUAAGAUGGUUUGUUAAGUACAUGGAGGUGGUUGAAGAGAGAGCCACUCUACCAUCAGAGAGAGACCUGAUUUGUAUUAUUUUUGCUUCCAAGAAUAUGGAUCAAUGUGGAAUUCACAUCUUGGAUAUCACUGACAGUUUGCCUCAAAUUCUGGCACUGGAAUUAGAGGUACCAGAAAGUGUGUUGUUAGACUGAGCCCUGAAGCCAGAUGCUGGCUCUAAUACCUUCUGUUCCGACUUCCUGUUAUCCAGUGAGAAUUUUGUCUCGGAAAUAACAGCUGGUUAUGACAACACUUGCUUGGCAGCGCUGGUGGCAGUUAAAGAAGUGGAUUGGGAGCUCAACCCUCCUGAUGUAGGUGUUCAAGACAGAGGCCAUGAUAGGAAUCCCAUUCCAGCACAUCGCAAAAAUUUGGUGGGGAUUCUGGUCCAAAUUGGGCAUUGCUGCACAAUAUUCAAAACGGCAAUGAAACUGGUGUCUGAAGAGCUGCACUGCUAGAAGCCUUGUCGUGAAUGUGACCUGAAACUAUCUGUGAGUGACCAAGGAGAGGUGCUGCUCUACCCCAGCUUCCGGGUGAAGAUAAUAUUUAGUAGACAUUGUGAACAUAUGCUGGAUCCCUUUCCUGUAUCUCAGCCUGCCUGUAGUAGUUGCUUGCAUUUUCUCUGGUCAGCAUGGGCUUGAUUAUGUCUUUGUGUAGAAGGGAGAAACCUGGUACUAUGGCCUACAACUGCCGGGAAGCAGAACAAGUGUACAGCCAACAGCUGCUGAAGAAGCCUCCCAAACCCAUUGAGAAAGCAGACAUCUGUAUAGUGCCCGUAUUGCGGCAGGAAGAUGCAAAACAACUAGGGGCUGAAGUAGAGGCUCUGCCAGAAACUGUUUGGACCGAUUGUUUGGGAAAGACAUGCCACAUGACUCCAACUCUGUACAGGACCCUGAGGAACCAGCAAAACCAAAUCAGCUUUGUUGAUCGAAGCGAACGAUUUGCUCUCCCUGCUAUGCAUGUGCAGAACAAGCCUUUCCCUGCUCUGAAGACUGGAAAUCCUUGUGGCCAGGAUGUGCAGCCCACUGGCCAAAAGGGCUAUUCUGUUUCCUGGCCCAAGGGCCCUAUAACAGAAAUUACUCCACAAUGCCAAGGCAGGCUGAUUCCCAAGGCAAGCCCAGAGGAAGCUCACAGUCGCCGACACAUCUUGAAGAGCCUGGUAAGGCUCUCCAUGGCUGCACUUGCCGAACAAGUCCCUGGAGGACAGUUAAGCAUCGAAUCAGCCCCUGUACAGCAAAUCUCGCAGCUGCUGUCUCUUCUGCAUCAGGGCCAAGUGCAGCCUAAACCCAACCACCGAGGGAAUAAAUACACUGCCAAACACGUCUGUUGUCGGAACCCUCACCCAGAUGCAGAGCAUCUCAUAACUAAGGAGAGCAACGAGAAUAGACAUCAUGACCUGGACCUACUAGGAGAAGAACUUGGGAAUCUUUUAGAUUGUCCAUCAGGGCUUGGCCUGGACCGGCAGACUGAAGCAGACCCAGCAUGGAUGAGCAGGCUAUCCAUUCCUCUCUCAGUUGACUACAAGGACAAUGUUGUCUCUCCCAGUGCUCUACUGUUUCCAAUAAGUCAGGAAACUACAAACAGAGACGAACCCCACACUUUUGAGACCUUUGGCAAAGCAAAAGGAUGCAAACUGAACACAGCCGAGCCGAGGCUGGCAAGCACCUUCCUCUCCGAAAUGGGCACUCUGUUUGAGAUGAUUUUGGCUCAGAAUCCCAGACCUGAAACUGAUUCGUCAUUGGGCUUCUUGCAGCAAAUGUCAAUAUGUAACAAAACCCUAGACCUGGAUGGAGAUGCUUUGGGAGCCAAGAGUAACAGACCUUUGGGCCACAGAACAUGUUGAAAAAAAGUUCUCAGUACAAAGGUAUCUUCAUGUCCCCUAGCUGCACCAGCAAAGAUGUGUGAACAAAAGUGCAUGCGCCUGCAUGAAAAGAAGCACAUGGAACAACCUUAAGACAUAGUCAUAUAUAUGCCAAAUCUUUUGCUUUCCAGGUACUGUCAGCCAGUCUGCCAAACUUAAGAAAUACCUUCUUAACAUGGAGUGAAAACUGCAGAGAUUCUAAUUUCAUUUCCUCACAAAACUAGGCUAUAGGAAAAUUUGUGUGGGAGGUUCUAGCUAUUGUGUUGUCGAAGGCAUUCAUGGCUAGAAUCACUGGAUUGCUGUGAGUUUUCCAGGCUGUAUGGCCAUAUUCCAGAAGCAUUCUCUCCUGACGUUUCACCCACAUCUAUGG